AUGGACUAUUUCGAAAGAUUGAAGACUCAAAUACGCAAGAGCUCGGCAUCAUCUUCGCCCAUGCAGAGCAAAGCUGACAACGACGAAGAGCCGGGAGUGUCUAGGACUGUCGCCCGGCAAGGGAAAAAGCCUGUCACUUCUGAAAGGCGAGAUCUACCACAUAUCUGCAUUGCCGACAUAAAGCCCCAAGAUGUCCGUGGGUUCUUACGCCUCCAGCCGGAUUGCAACUUCAAUUCUUGCUGGCAGUUGACAGCGCAGGACAAGCUCCAAGCUCCUGAGUACUUAGGGUCGAUCCUGUCGGGAUAUUGGCGUGCUGCAGGUGGAGGUACCGAGAACAAAGCGCUUAUCAGAUCCCGCCUUGAGACAAUUCUCGUCGUAGUCCUUGCAAGCAAGAAGCGCGAGUCCGCCUCAGCUUACGGAUCCCUUCAUCUUCAAUUCGAGAAGAAUUUGAGUUUGCCGUGGUCCUACCAGAAUAGGGCUUACGUGUUGGAGGGCACGACAGACUACUCACUCUGGUACGGAGGACAAAAAAAGGAGACAAACCUGCUAUUGUUUUGUGCAUUACGUCGAGGGAACAUUGGGCGAUAUCAGGCAUUGUGUUCUAUGGCGAUGCUGCACCAUGCAAGGAAGAGAGCUAGACGCAACGACACUAUAGUAUAUGGAAUAGUUACUGAUACCGACGAGUGGCGCUUUUUGUGCAUCGACAAGGAGUCUCGGUACUCAGGCUGUAUCAUGAGCUGGGACAAAGGACAGCAGGUGGAUAUUAUAUCGACAAUCUACAAGAUCCUUAAUCAUGCUGCAGCGCUAGCGCAAGCUCUUGAAGCACCCAGUCUAACAGAGUACAUGAGUGUCGAAGAUGCCAGUGGUCUCGAAUGGUCCGACUGA